AUGCGCAGUAGUCUCAAAAUGGAUAUAGAAGAAUUUAGAAAAUUAUUAGGACCGAUAUUUGAAGGAGAUAUACAAGCAUGGGAGUAUCAUCAGGAACUCGUGAAAGAGAACCCAGAUACUCUUUUGCUACUAAAUAUUGAGAAUAUCAAAUCUGGUCAUGAGAGCUCAGUGAAAUCUGCCAUUCUAUUUGCAAGAGAAGUUUCAUUGCUUGGUAAAUCACUACUUUCAAUACAAAAUUUGGACUUACCCCAAAUCUUUCUCGAUUCAUUGUUACAAAUCCUGAUGGAAUCAAAAAAUACCAAAAUUUUCAUUCAUAUAUCUACAUGUAUCUUCAGACUAGCAAAGAUAUAUCUACCUUCUGGUCAGAUGCUUGAUAUUUUUGACAAAAUCUUUGGAAAUUUUGAAAAUUUCUCAAAUCCAGCCAAACUUGCUUUAGCCGAUUGCCUUGCUCUCAUAUCGAAGUCUAAUAAUAUCGAUACUGUUCAGUACUUUGACAAUCUUUCACAGAUAAUUAACCAUUUAAUACAGAUAGGAACACCCGAAUCAGUUAAAACCGGCCUUUUCUUACUAUACUCGUGCGUUCAAACAGAGGAACAUUAUCAAUAUUACCAACAAUUAAUCGAUUUUACUCAAAUCUUGACUCCUGAAGUUGAUUUCAAGAUUUUGGCUGGAUUUUGGGGAUUCGUAGAGUCCAAUCCAACGUUUUUUGGAGAACAAAUUUUUCAAAUUUUCCAGUCAUUACUUCAGAUUAUUGAAAAUGGCAACGACAAGCUCAAAUGUCUCUCUUUAGAAAUCAUUCCUUGUUUCAUUGACGCUUAUUCCCAAGAGUUUUAUUCCGAAAUUCCACAGUUAAUUACAAAUUUAUCAGAAUUAUUGAAUUAUAAGAUGGAAGAAUUCACUUUUCAGAAGACAUCCGAUGUGUAUAUACCAAGAGACAUUGCCAAGUCUUCAAUAAAGCAAAUUGCAGCUGCAUAUCCUGAUGACAUCGAAUUGAGUAAUCAUAUUAUAGAAUAUUUUGCACAGAUAUCAGAAACAGAUGAUCCAAAUCAGAUUCAUAUGUUACUUAUGCUUCUUGAGUCAACUUACGAUUCAUUCCUCGAUUGCUUCCAAGGAUAUGCCAGAUCAGACUUCCUUCCUCUUAUUAUGACACAGUUUUCGAACGAAAACGAUAUAAUUCGUUUUGAUGCUUUUAAUGUCUUCAAUAUUGUUCUGAAUUCUCUUUCAAAUGACUUCAAUGACGAUUCACCAACAGAUGAAGAGAUAUUCACUGCUAUUAUACAAGUCCUUUCCGAAGAGUCAAACGAGUAUUGCCAACAAAAGGAAAUCCAAGCUCUUCAAUGCUUCAUCACGAUUGCAAAGACCAUCACCGAGCAAGAAACAGAUAUCAUUUUACAGUUUGCCAGCCAAACAAUGGAGACUUAUCCUUACAAAAUUUUGAAAAUUUUCUCAAUACUUGCCAAGAAACAGAAGAAGACCUUUUACAAAUUCUGUUCUACUAUAUAUGAAGUCAUUGAACCAAUAUUGUCGUCAUCAGAAGAGGAAGUUGAUCAAAAAUUAAUUUAUGCUGCUCUUGAAGUACUCUGCUCCCUUGCAUUAUGCCUAACAGGAGAUGAGCUUGAACAAAUUGUUGAAGUAAUUUAUAAUUUCAUUACAAAUGUAGAUGUCUCAAAAUUAACCUCAAAAGAAAGGGACAAGAUCAACGGAGCAUAUGGGGUUCUUGUUCAGCUAGUUAAUACCAGUCAGUUUGUUAAUAAUUCUUUUGAAAAUUUAGUUGAGAAUAUCUUAACUUAUGCUUCUAAGGACAUUGACUACAAAUCAACCAAUAUGAACGAAUAUGAGAAAGAUGUAUUUGGCAGUAAUGAUGUUCUCUGCUCAGAUGAAGGAAUUGUUAAAUCAUAUGAAGAUUCAGACAUCCAAGAAGUAGUUGAAAGCUUACAAUCAGUUUAUACGAUGCUCAGAAAGACUUAUGGAAUCUCAUCAAUAGUUGAUAAAGUGGCUCAAAUUGUAAUUAAAUGGCUUGAUGACGUUAUUACCGACAAUAUCACAAUAAAAGCCAUUAAAGUCGCAUCACUCAUACCAAGGCAUGCAUAUUAUACCAAAUUCACAGAGCUUCAGAGAGUUUUUGAAGCUACAAGAAAAGGUAUAAUUUCACUUUACGAAUCUCUUGACAUUUCUGAAUUCAGUAAGGUCUGUGAUUAUUUCAGAGUAGUUUUGUCAGAGUUUAAUCGUAUAGUUAAGCCUUCAAGGAAGACUUUGGAACAAAUUGUCAAAAUUAUUAGAGAAAUUACUGCUAAGAAACAGAAACAAUCCGAAAAAACAUCAACAGCUUCAUCAGUUUAUUACUCUCUUAAGGAUCUUACUAUCGAAUUUGUUUAUAUUAUCAGAACUAUUCUUUCCAUUCAUCCAGAGCUUUCAGAGAUCGCGGUUCCUUUAUCAGAAAUAAUGUAUAUGCCAAGCCAAGAAGGUUUCGCUUAUUAUUCCGUUCUUAUUCGAGAAUCAAAUUAUUUUGAUUCUGACAUUCAAAAUUUAGCGCAAAUGGCACUGAAUUUAGACAAUCCAGAUGCUUUUACGAAGCAAUCUGCGUGCGUUUUGUUACUCUCUAUCAUUGAUUCUGGAAAAUCAAAUCAAGAAAUUACAGAAGCAGCCAUUAAUGCUAUAAACAAAUUAGUUGAGUUCUUAUCUAAGAAUGUAUCAUAUUCACGCAACGAAUUAGUUUAUGCUCUUAUAAAAUGUUAUCAAAAUAAUCCAUCAGAAAAAAUUUACGUUCAAUGGCUAAAUAAUUUACUACCAUUGAAGUAUUAUAAUAAUUAUUCCGCGAAUGAUAUAGCUUUUAUUGCUUUUAACAUGCAUUCACAACAAAUUGUUAAUGAUGCAGUAUUAGAUGACAAAUUUAAACAAUUAAUAAAGGAAGUAGCUGAUAAAUGUCCAUUUGUCACUUCCCAAGAAAUGCUAUCGUCUAUCGAAUCUUUAUAA